CACCAAACGUGUGGGACGCAGAGACGUCAACGUUUGCUGCUUACAAAAUAUUUAUUUAGUAGAAUUUAUCAGGAAAACUAUCACGUAGUAUUUAUAGUAUUAAUAAUAGUAAGUGAAUAGAUUAUAUUCACUUCUUAACAUCGGGAUAUAAAUACAUUUAAGUGGUUUAAAAGACCAGACAAGCAUGAGUUUAUUGCCUCGCACCGCUGAGGAGUUCAGCUCAGCGGACUACUGGGAUCGAUUUUUCCGUAAAAGAGGAGAAAAGGCUUUCGAGUGGUAUGGAGACUAUAACUCACUCUGCGGAAUACUGCAUAAAUACAUUAAACCUCGUGAUAAGGUGUUGGUGGUGGGUUGCGGUAACUCUGAGCUAAGUGAACAGCUAUAUGAUGUUGGCUACCAUCAGCUAACCAACAUUGACAUCAGCGAGACUGUGGUCUCUCACAUGAUCCAGCGGAACACAGAGCGACGUCCCGAUCUGACCUUCCAGCAGGUGGAUGCCACUGAGACAGGCUUUGAAAAUGGGAGCUUUCAGGCAGCCCUGGAUAAGGGCACACUUGAUGCCAUGGCUUCAGAGGAGGAAGGUGCUCUUGCUGGCAGAAUGCUGGCAGAAGUUGGCAGAGUUUUAGCUGUGGGGGGCCGAUAUGUGUGCAUAACUUUAGCACAGGAACAUGUUAUUAAAUUGGCCGUGGAACAUUUUGCCCAGGGUUGGGCUGUACGAAUCCACUGCUUGAGUGGACAAACAGAGGACUCUGAUUCUUCUUUUGCCCUCCCUGUUUUUGUUCUUGUAUGUACCAAAUUUCGCCAAGCACCUCCGUUUGCAGUGCUGGAAUUGUGUGAGGGUGAGGAUGGAGCUCCCACUAGGCUUGCAUCAGUGCCUGAUUUGUUGUCUGCUGUGAAGGAGAGGCAGGCUUACAAUCUGAUGCUGCAUAAGCUCAGAGGUGGAACAGACGCUAGCAGCACGCCUUCCCUCACAUUGUGCCGUGCAGCCACCGGUCGCCCACGAUACACUCUGACUGUGCAGGACAGCUUGCUUUCUGCCAAGCUACCGCGGAGUAAUCACUUUGCCAUCUUUAUUGUUCCUCAGGGCCGUGAGUCUGAUUGGUUAUAUGGCUCAGCUGAAGGCCGGGCUCAGUUAGCAUCCAGCGCAAAAUUCAAGCGGUUGGUCAUUGUGGCAAUGCAUAGAGAUCAGGAAUACGAGGACAUGCAGGCUGUCCAAUCAGAGCUCUCUCCGAUGGUGAUGGAACUCGCUCCUCCUGGAAUGCCAGCCAAUCAACAGGUGCCAUUCCUGUCUGUAGGAGGUGAUCUGGGGUGGAGAGAAGUCGUUGGGCGAGGGGUCAGUGCUUUGACUGGAGAAUACUCUGUGGAAGAUGUCAGAGGAGAGGAUGGUCACCUUUAUCGCAGGCUGGUCUUUAUGAACAAUUCCCAGCUUGUGCAGUCAGAGAGUAGACUCCAGAUUACUGCCACAGCUUCUGCUAAUAAAAAUAAGAACAGGAAAAAGUCCAAGGCCUCUGUUUCUGAGGCCCCUGCUGUAACGGGCGCUAAAACCCGCAGUGUGGACAGAGGUUUUCUCUGCUGUACACAUCAUGAAGUCAUGGUCGCAGGUUUAGCAAUGCUAGGAACGGAUGCAUUCAGUAAUAAGGAUCACCCAGUGUCCGUGUUACUGGUGGGACUGGGUGGCGGUGGCCUGCCCCAGUUUGUGCAUGACUUUGUGCCUUGUGCACGAGUGGAGGUGGUGGAACUGGACCCAGCCGUGCUUGAGGUGGCUCAGACCUGGUUUGGAUUUCAGACGGAUGAGAGGCUGAAGGUUAUACUGGGAGAUGGACUGGAGCACAUUACAAUGCUGGAGAGUAAAGGAGGCCAUUCAUUUGAUGUUGUCAUGUUUGACUUUGACAGCAAAGACACCACCCUGGGCAUGAGCUGCCCUCCACCAGCCUUUGUAGAAACUUUACUACUAAAAAAAGUUUACAACUUGCUAACACCUCGAGGGCUGUUUAUGCUUAACCUUGUGUGUCGUGACUCGUCUCUCAGGAAGUCUGUGCUUGAGCGCGUUCAGGCCAUUUUCCCACGUGUGUUCUCUCGAGGAAUUGAGGGUGAAGUCAAUGAGGUGCUUCUGUGUUGCAGAAGUGCAGGGGAAGGGCACAAACCUCACACUGUUCCACACACAUUACAACAGACAGCAAAUGACCUACAGAAGACACUACGUAAUAAAAACCAGACUGCAACUUGUGUCCCUCAAAUAGACAUUACUGCCAUGUUAAAUGAUCUAAAGGUCAUCUAAACAUUGAUUGUUGUGGAGAGUAGGGCUUUAUGUAAGUGUCAAAUUAUCAAAAUUCAUUUUUAUUAUACAAAGAAAAGGUUUGUAAACAACAGGAAUUAAAUUAUGAUUAGAAAAUGUAAAUAUUCUGAUUUUUUUGUCCCAAGCUUGCAGAAUGAUAAUAAAAGAAUCAACAUAAAAGUAGUUUAUCAGCAGGGUCCUUCCAGCCCUUUGGAAGAAAACGCAGAAUUUCUACAUCAGAUGUUGAGGUGUCAUAACAAAAACAUGCAGAAUUGUACAUUAGGAAAUUACAUUUUAUUCUACUUAGUAAGAUGUUUAGAUAAUAGCAGUAAGUCCCUGCCUAUGUCAGUAAGCAUUUAAGCUUUCUUUAUUUGUAAACAAUCUUCACAUUGCCAGCAAUGAUGAUGGUGAUGAUAAUGACUGUGUUUGGCUUCAAAGUAUUGCUGGUGUUUCAUAUGUGUAUGGUGUCAGUGUGCUGGAAAUCAAUCAUCAAUGAAUAGAAAUAUUGUGACACUGCCUUUACUUUCAUCAAUAAAUAAAGUUAUUUGUUUUGAAACUGUAAAAUAACAAUCCACCCCAUUGCUGUUUUAUUUAUUCUAAGAUGUGCAAUAUUAUAUAUCAUGUUCUUAUUUUUUUUAAUCAAUUUUUCUUAAUGAUUGAAUGAUUACUAGCUGGCAACCCAGUGAGCGUGCAGUGUUAUUUUUACUUGUUGAGUCCACUGUACUAAAAUGAAUAUGGAUGUACCACAUUACUAAACACUGCCCCCUACAUUUAAAUGAAUUAGUUUAUAAAUAAAAUCUGAACAUGCAUUUAAUUUAGUUUUGAAACGUUCUUUUUCAUUAUCAUAUUAUAAUCCGUGGAGGUUUCUGUCUUUUCAAAGUGACGUAAAAAUAGCGUGAAUGGGUUGAAAUAAAUGGUUUGUACUGCUGAUAAGUGAGAAUGUCACAACAUUAAAAAGCA